AUGUCUACAUCCACGUCCGCUCCUGCACUGCCGCCGGAGCCACCGGUACCUGCUCCUCUCACGAUGGACGAAAUCAAGCAUUUCCGCUCUUCACUCUCGCCCGCCAUCCGCUGCUCCACGGAAACGUGGCUGGUCGUUCUCACCUCCGCCAUCGUAUCCCUUGGCUGUGGAGCUGAAUCUAUCAUCGAUCUAUACCAUCUCGCUCUCUCCUCCUCGUCCGAUCUCGCAUCAUCUCAACGUAAACAAUCCUUGAUUCAGGAAACGCUCGUCAAAGGUAGCGUCAUCUUCGGUAUCCCCCCCGCUCUCGAUACCAUCUUCCCUCUUCUCGAACACAUCCGAUCAACCAAUCCAACCUUUCUCCUGACUUCCGAUCACUUCUCCCGGCAAUCUCUUCUCUCGGAGCCAAUAAGCUCGCUGAAAACUCCAGCGAUGAAGUCGCUAGAAAGAGUGUAUCGUCACAACCUCUCGCCCAUCCUCGACAGCAAAAUGUCCGACAACAUGCAAGACUUGAAAUUCCUCACCAUCCAGAUCAACUACGGCUUCACCCUCUCCUGCGAUGCUGUCAUCAACUGGAAACUGACAGAGUUGCUAGUACUAGCUGCACUGGUAGGCAGAAAUUGCAGAGCUGAAGUCCUCUGGCACAUGCGUGGUGCUCUCAGAGCAGGGUGGAGUAGAGACGACGUGGAUAGUGUGAGAAGUACGGUUAAGGAGUUGGCGAGAAGGCUGGCUGUCAGAACGGACAAAGUUCCAACCUUGGACGAGGUUAAAGAGGAUAGCAAUGAUUGA